GGCACAACUCGGAACACACGAUGAAGCAGCUGUAUUUAUUAUUCAUAGCAGUGUUGCCACUGGCAGCAGCUAGCACUUUGUUCUUUGAGUCCCACAAGACCAGCUUACAUGAAGGACGCAAUCAGCCGUGUCCACCAGAAACCGAUGCGGGCUGUCCUUUGGGAGCCACCUGUUGCCAUCUGGUGACAGGCUUUGCUGUUUGUUGCCAAGGAGAAAAUGCGGUCUGUUGUCCAAAUUCCCUGCACUGUUGUCCAGCAGGACAUAAGUGUGAUGAGGGUACAGGACUGUGUACCAGUGGAGACCCACACCUUACUGCAAUGUGGACUGAUAUGUUCUUUCCACCAAAACAGUCUGAAGAAAAAUUUUCCUCAAAAGCUGAAGAACCAGCUCCAAAGAGGGAGCCACCAUCCAGAGAAGGCAAGAUGAUCUCAUGUCCAGACCAGAAAGAGCAGUGCCCUGAUAACAGCACCUGCUGUGCAGCCAAGGCAGGGGGAUAUGGAUGCUGCCCUACUAUCAAUGCUGUGUGUUGUGCUGAUAAGGUGUACUGCUGCCCCCCAGGGCACAUGUGUGAAGGGGGUGGGGGCUGUGAGCUAAACGACACCCGUGCAGCCACCCUGGGGCUGGUCCACUUCAACAAGGCUCCUGGUCAGAAAAUCAUGAAGACUAAAACACCUACUCAGGUCCCUGAUGCAUCACCUAUACUGAAGGAAUCGAGCAUUAGUCCAGAUUCAGUUGUAGCCAGUGAUGUCCGGUGUCCUGAUGGUCAGACUGCUUGUCCAUCAGGAAACACCUGCUGUAAACUAGCCAGUGGUCAGUAUGGCUGCUGUCCAGUGCCAAAAGCUGUCUGUUGUAAAGAUGGGGUUCAUUGCUGUCCAGAUGGUUAUACGUGUGAUGUCCGUGCUGGAACAUGCCAUAGUCAAAAUUCUGUCAUUUCUUGGUUUACAAAAACAUCAGCAAAGACGUUUAAAGAAAAAGUGGGGUCAGUGAUGUGUCCAGAUGGUCAGUCUGAAUGUCCAAAUGGGAACACCUGCUGUAGACUAGCCAGUGGUCAAUAUGGCUGCUGUCCAGUGCCAGAUGCUGUCUGUUGUAAAGAUGGGGUUCAUUGCUGUCCAAAUGGCUUUACUUGUCAGACAACUACUGGGGAAUGUGUUCAGGAGACUAAAGCCAUUUCAGUGAUACCAGAUAAAGCUGUCCUUGUGGAUACCAAUGUUGGGAUUGUGAUGUGUCCAGAUGGUCAGUCUCAAUGUCCAGAUGGAAACACCUGCUGUAAACUGCCCAGUGGUCAAUAUGGCUGCUGUCCAGUGCCAGAUGCUGUCUGUUGUAAAGAUGGGGUUCAUUGCUGUCCAAAUGGCUUUACUUGUCAGACAACUACUGGGGUAUGUGUUCAGGAGACUAAAGCCAUUUCAUUGAUACCAGAUAAAGCUGUGCUUGUGGAUACCAAUGUUGGGAUUGUGAUAUGUCCAGAUGGUCAGUCUCAAUGUCCAGAUGGAAACACCUGUUGUAAACUGCCCAGUGGUCAAUAUGGCUGCUGUCCAGUGCCAGAUGCUGUCUGUUGUAAAGAUGGGGUUCAUUGCUGUCCAAAUGGUCAUACGUGUGAUGUCAGUGCAGGCACAUGCCAUCUUCAAAAUUCUGUCAUGUCUUGGUUAACAAAAACACCUGCAAAGAUGCCCUCAGAAAAUGUUGGGAUUGUGAUGUGUCCAGAUGGUCAGACUCAAUGUCCAAAUGGGAACACCUGUUGUAAACUGCCCAGUGGUCAAUAUGGCUGCUGUCCAGUGCCAGAUGCUGUCUGUUGUAAAGAUGGGGUUCAUUGCUGUCCAAAUGGCUUUACUUGUCAGACAACUACUGGGGAAUGUGUUCAGGAGACUAAAGCCAUUUCAGUGAUACCAGAUAAAGCUGUCCUUGUGGAUACCAAUGUUGGGAUUGUGAUGUGUCCAGAUGGUCAGUCUCAAUGUCCAGAUGGAAACACCUGUUGUAAACUGCCCAGUGGUCAAUAUGGCUGCUGUCCAGUGCCAGAUGCUGUCUGUUGUAAAGAUGGGGUUCAUUGCUGUCCAAAUGGCUUUACUUGUCAGACAACUACUGGGGAAUGUGUUCAGGAGACUAAAGCCAUUUCAGUGAUACCAGAUAAAGCUGUCCUUGUGGAUACCAAUGUUGGGAUUGUGAUGUGUCCAGAUGGUCAGUCUCAAUGUCCAGAUGGAAACACCUGCUGUAAACUGCCCAGUGGUCAAUAUGGCUGCUGUCCAGUGCCAGAUGCUGUCUGUUGUAAAGAUGGGGUUCAUUGCUGUCCAAAUGGCUUUACUUGUCAGACAACUACUGGGGAAUGUGUUCAGGAGACUAAAGCCAUUUCAGUGAUACCAGAUAAAGCUGUCCUUGUGGAUACCAAUGUUGGGAUUGUGAUGUGUCCAGAUGGUCAGUCUCAAUGUCCAGAUGGAAACACCUGCUGUAAACUGCCCAGUGGUCAAUAUGGCUGCUGUCCAGUGCCAGAUGCUGUCUGUUGUAAAGAUGGGGUUCAUUGCUGUCCAAAUGGCUUUACUUGUCAGACAACUACUGGGGUAUGUGUUCAGGAGACUAAAGCCAUUUCAGUGAUACCAGAUAAAGCUGUCCUUGUGGAUACCAAUGUUGGGAUUGUGAUAUGUCCAGAUGGUCAGUCUCAAUGUCCAGAUGGAAACACCUGCUGUAAACUGCCCAGUGGUCAAUAUGGCUGCUGUCCAGUGCCAGAUGCUGUCUGUUGUAAAGAUGGGGUUCAUUGCUGUCCAAAUGGCUUUACUUGUCAGACAACUACUGGGGUAUGUGUUCAGGGGACUAAAGCCAUUUCAGUGAUACCAGAUAAAGCUGUCCUUGUGGAUACCAAUGUUGGGAUUGUGAUAUGUCCAGAUGGUCAGUCUCAAUGUCCAGAUGGGAACACCUGCUGUAAACUGCCCAGUGGUCAAUAUGGCUGCUGUCCAGUGCCACAUGCUCUCUGUUGUAAAGAUGGGGUUCAUUGCUGCAUUGAUGGUCUACACUUUCUGGAGGGCUACGAAUGUGAUGUCUCAAAAGGGUCAUGUAAGAAAUCAGGUCAAGGUCAGGCAAAGAUUAUGCAGAAGCUGAGCCAAAGAGAAGCAAAGGGAGGACACAUUUUACUUUGAUGUCUCAAAUGAAAUGAUAUUUAUAUUGCUAGGCUCUCAGUGAAUCGAAUAAUAUGCAUUAUUGACAAAACAUUCAUGUAAAGGCAGAGCCAUUGUGCAUUAUAGUGUUCAUAUGCAACUACUAGUGUGUCAAAAUGGUUGCAUUUAGUAUUGUACUGAAUUUUCAGUAAAUUUUCCCAUUUAUUUAUUUAUUUAUUUAUUUAGUAGAUUGAGCCGGGAAUUUCAAACUGUGUUGCACCUGUAGCACUCUGUAGAAACAACAGCUAACUCUGGUCACACAUACCAUAUCUGGUUGCAGAGGAAUCUGUAUAUUUAUAAUUGUUUAUUUUAAUUCCAUGAUAAGGAAAAACAGGUGUGUUGCAGACAGCUCAUACACUCAAUAUUGACACAGAUUGUGGAUAGAAGUCAUUAUAGCUUCAACUAUUUUGUUUACAAAUAUGGUUAACCAGGAUAAAGAGCUGUCAUUAAUAGUCAACUUGCUUCUAUAAACACAAAAGAAGAACAAGUGCAAAAACAGAGCUAUGCAGUUGCUUUGUGAUAGUAAAUGACUGAGUAUACGUUUGGUUUGAACAUUGUAUUGUAAUACUUAAACAUUGGAUCCUGCGUGUUACAACUGAAAAGACUUCAUAAAUAUUCAAGUAACUUGAAAAAAUUGAAGUGUGAUAAGUGAACCAUAUGCUUUGUGUGGCGUCACUUUUGCUUGUUAAGCUAAUUCUAAGUUCAGAGUUGACGCUAACUUUUCUAAUAAAGAGAUCUUGCUUGU